AUGGUGGUGUGGUCGUAUGUUACUCAAAACGUAGCUCGAUAUCUCGGCAUCACUGUAUUCAUCAUUAAUAUGUUUGGUACUAUUAUGAAAAUACUUCUAUUCUCAACCCGCCGCCAAUAUCGUGUGAAACCGUGUACAUUCUUUAUACUACUAUCAUCUGCCGGAUGUUUUGUUCAUUUAAUUUACGCAACGUUCGGUCGAAUACUUUCAUCCGGUUUCGGUAUUAAUCUAACACAGACAGUAUUGAUCAUUUGUAAACUACGCGAAUAUGCUUUUAUAUCAAUUCAAUUGAGUAGUAUAACAGCAGAUUGGUUGACAAUGGUUGAUCAAUUCCUAGUAACCUCACGUAAUGCACGUCUUCGACAUUUGAGUAACAUGAAAACAGCUUGUUAUGUCACUUUUGGUCUUGUUGUAUUCUGGUGUCUCUAUGGAAUUCCGAUUUUUAUUGUCACGAGCAUACAAUUGAAUUUAUGUGUUGUCAAUGAUCCGAUAGUUUUCAUUCUUUACAGUUCAGUUACUGUUUGGAUUUUCAAUGUUUCAGUACCAUUGAUUAUGACUAUCGUGUUUGGUUUACUUACUUAUCGAAAUAUUCAUUCCGUGCAAAAUCUACCACGAUCACAAGGUAUCGAUCGACAAGUUCUAUUGGCGGUUGGUGUACAAGCAUGUUUCAUUCUAAUUGCGCUAUUACCGUACGCUAUUUUUACUAUUUAUGCAACUAUCACAAAUUAUCAGUGUAAAAGUAAUGAACAAAGAGAUAUCGAAGGUUUUAUUUUGAAUAUGAUUAGUUACAUUGGUAUUUUCCGAUGUGGAGCUGGUUUCUACAUAUGUUUAAUUGUAUCGAAUCGUUUCCGUGAAGAGACUAAACGAUGCUUUCGUUGGACGCAAAGAAAUGUUAUUCAACCUGUACGUCUUACUCCUCAAGUAAAAAACAUACAUCUAAGAUCAAAUCGCCGAUAA